CAGAACUCAACAAAGGAAACAGAUACCCUGCAUAAUGAGUAACCUCGCUGUUCGACGCAUUUCAGAAUGCUUUGUGAAGCCUCAAUUCUCCAACCAAAUCUGCAAUCUAACUCCUUGGGAUAUGGUUUCGCUGUCUACAAACUAUAUCCAGAAGGGUCUUCUCUUCAAGAAACCUGCAACCCUUAUUGAUGAACAACAUUUCAUACAAAAUCUGUUGGAGAAGCUCAAACACUCUCUUUCUCUUACCCUCUUCCACUUUUAUCCCUUGUCUGGUCGCCUUGUCACCCACAAAACCCAAAACCCUCCCUCUUAUACUGUUUCUAUUGAUUGCAACAACAGUGAUGGAGCUAGAUUCAUUCAUGCAACUCUGGAUAUCACUAUAGCUGAUAUCCUCUCCCCCUUUGACGUCCCACCCAUUGUUCAAUCGUUCUUUGACCACCACAAAGCAGUCAACCAUGACGGUCACACCAUGCCGCUGUUGUCCAUCCAAGUCACUGAACUACUGGACGGUGUUUUCAUUGGUUGUUCCAUGAAUCACGUUGUCGGUGAUGGCACUUCGUAUUGGAAUUUCUUCAAUACAUGGUCUCAGAUCUUUCAAGCACAAUCUCAAUCUGAAAACCAUGAAUACGAUGUUCCCAUCUCACGCCAACCCAUUCACGAUCGUUUGUUUCCACAUAAUUGUAGUCCACCAAUCUCUCUUCCUUUCAAACAUCAUGACGAGUUUAUUUGGAGAUCUGAAACACCCUUGCUGAGAGAGAGAUUUUUCCACUUUUCAGCAGAAUCAAUUGCCAAACUGAAAGCAAAGGCCAACUCAGAAUCUAAUACCACAAAAAUCUCUUCCUUCCAAUCAUUAUCAGCACUUGUUUGGAGAUCCAUAACUCGUGCGCGCUCCCCACCGUCUGACCAGAAAACAACAUGCAGAUUAGCCGCAAACAGUCGAUCAAGAAUGAAGCCGCCUGUGUCAGAAGAAUACUUUGGAAACUGCGUUCAUGCAGUGAGUGCAGAAACGACAACAGGGGAAUUGCUUGAGAAUGGUAUAGGAUGGGCAGCAUGGAAGUUGCAUGUGGCUGUUACAGACCUUAAUGAUAGAGUGGUGGUAGAAUUUCUGGAAGGGUGGUUAGAUUCUCCUUUCAUAAUUAAAAUGGGUCGUUACUUUGACCCGUAUAGCUUGUUGAUGGGUAGUUCGCCCAGGUUCAAUAUGUAUGGAUGUGAAUUUGGAAUGGGGAAAGCGGUGGCUGCUAGAAGUGGUUAUGCAAACAAAUUUGAUGGGAAGGUGUCGUCAUACCCAGGGCGUGAAGGAGGAGGAAGCAUUGAUUUGGAAGUUUGCCUUUCGCCACACACAAUGAGUGCUUUGGAAUCAGAUGAAGAGUUCAUGAAUGCAGUUACUAAGUUUGAUCCCCUGUUGUUCUAGUUUCCUAAUACGCCCAUUAUGUUCAUCACCUUCACUUGUUUGUUUGUAUUACUAAUCAAAUAAAGGCGAUUGAAAUAAAUAUAUGUGGGAUCGAGUAGAAAAAA